AUGGCUAUCGGUGAGACCAAAGUUGCCCAAGAAGAAUGCAAGGUUGUGAAAAAAGAUCCUGCAUCUAACAAGACGAAUACCGAUAACCUCAAGUUUACGCAUGUACCUAACUGUUUCGCACCAACUAUUUGCGCCACCGACAAUGCUGCAAAGUUCAUGAAGGUUCUACAUAACCUUACUCCCGCCGAGCUCUAUGAGCAGGCUCUACAACAUGAGAAAGGAUCUUUCAUCACUUCCAGUGGUGCAUUGGCAACUCUUUCUGGGGCAAAAACUGGUCGGUGUCCAAAAGACAAACGCGUCGUCAAAGAUGAGUCAACUGAGCAAGAGCUUUGGUGGGGAAAUGGUUCACCCAACAUCGAAAUGGACGAGCAAAGUUUCAUGGUCAACAGAGAAACAGCUAUGAAUUACUUGAAUUCUUUGGACAAGGUUUUUGUGAACGAUCAAUUUAUAAAUUGGGACCCGGAAAACAUAAUAAAAGUGCGGAUUGUCUCUGCCAAGGCUUACCAUUCAUUGUUCAUGCACAACAUGUGUAUCCGACCAACUGCUGAGGAGCUGGAGAAUUUUGGUAGUCCAGAAUUCACUAUAUACAAUGCUGGUCAGUUCCCAUGUAAUCGUUACACUCAUUGCAUGACAUCCUCUACUAGCAUAAACAUCAACCUUGCUAGAAAGGAAAUGGUCAUCCUUGGCACCAUGUAUGCCGGGGAAAUGAAGAAAGGUCUUUUCAGUUUAAUGCACUAUCUUAUGCCUAAACGACAUAUCCUUUCCCUACAUUCUGGCUGCAAUAUGGGCAAAGAUGGAGAUGUUGCCCUUUUCUUCGGGUUAUCUGGCACUGGAAAGACGACUCUAUCUACGGAUCAGAAUCGGUACUUAAUCGGAGAUGAUGAGCACUGUUGGAGUGACAACGGUGUAUCGAAUAUCGAAGGCGGUUGCUAUGCCAAGUGCAUUGAUCUCUCUCAAGAGAAAGAGCGUGGCAUCUGGAAUGCCAUCAAGUUUGGAUCUGUGCUAGAAAAUGUUGCAUUCGAUGAGCAUACUAGAGUGGUGGAUUACAGUGACAAUUCUAUUACAGAGAAUACUCGAGCAGCCUAUCCCAUUGAGUACAUCCCCAACGCAAAGAUACCAUGUGUUGGUCCUCAUCCGAAGAAUGUGAUACUUCUGGCAUGCGAUGCAUUUGGUGUACUCCCACCUGUGAGCAAGUUAAACCUGGCACAAACCAUGUACCAUUUCAUUAGUGGCUACACUGCCCUGGUUGCUGGAACUGAAGAGGGUGUGAAGGAGCCAAAAGCAACAUUCUCGGCUUGCUUUGGUGCUGCAUUUUUAAUGUUGCAUCCUACCAAGUACGCAGCAAUGCUCGCUGAGAAGAUGCAGAAGCAUGGUGCAACUGCAUGGCUGGUUAACACUGGCUGGUCUGGUGGAAGUUAUGGAACAGGAAAGCGCAUUAAACUAUCCUACACCCGGAAAAUCAUUGAUGCCAUACACUCUGGGAGCCUCUUGAAUACAAAUUACAAGAAGACUGAAGUGUUUGGACUUGAGAUCCCUAGUGAGAUUGGGGGAGUGCCUUCAGAGAUAUUGGAUCCAGUGAACACUUGGUCCGACAAGAAAGCAUAUCAUGAAACACUUUUGAAGUUGGCUGGCCUGUUCAAAACCAAUUUCGAGACUUUCGCAAACUACAAGAUUGGCAAGGACAACAAACUGACUGAAGACAUCCUCGCUGCUGGUCCCAAUUUCUAGUGAAGAUGCGGUUGUUGCAGUAGAAAAUAAGAUUGAGUUUGAUCCUUUUCCUUUUAGGUGGCAGUAGAAAAUAAGGUUGAGGAGUAGUUAUCUCGUAUUCUUCUUUUUCUUUUCUUUUUGAUGAAAUAAUGCUUAUAGCCUCAAUAGGAGCAGUCAUGUUAUUGUUCAGUAGAUGAGCAAUUUUUGACACAAUUUGACAAAAAUUGGUUUGGUCA